AUGGAUGCUUCAUCGAAAUCGUCUGGCUCUGUAGCGGGUCAGAGGAGACCCAGGCCUCACAGCUAUACCACCCAAGCCUAUGACAAUGUCUGUCGGAACUGUAUAGAAAGUAAAUCAGAAUGUAUCUUUAGUAGACCACAUGAGAAAUCCAAAAGGAGUCGAGGGGAGUCACGACUGUCUUCGUCUCGUGCGAAUAGUGGAGAAGACGACUCGCCUGAUCUCGCAGCUUUGUCCUCUUCACAGCUUACAGAGACGCCCGCUCGAGCAAUUCCUAUUACAAAUGAUAAUCGUCAAAACUUUCAAGUCAAUGCAGAGAUCCCUCUGUCGUUCUCAUCAGUUGAUUCUGACAAGCCUGAGAUCUCCCGAUCUCAGAACGGAACAUCAUUUGUCUCCGAUAGCGCUCGAUCUACUUCAGUACAGCCCCUACAACCGGAGAUUGAUUGGGGGUCUUGGUUGAUGUCUCUGAGCGAUCAGCAAAGAGCGGAAAUGCAAACGUUACAGCAGCAGUCACCGGGACUUCCGCAAUCCCAAAAUUCACUGUUUCCACAGAGUCAGCCUACACAUCGCCCUGAUCUCUCGCAAGGUCUAUCAACGACUCAACUUGGCCAGCUUGAUUCUUCACCGAGAUACGCUCGUGAUCAUGAAACAUAUCCGCCCUCAAUCUCCACAGUGAUAGGAAAUCAACAGCCAACAGCAUCUCAAAUGAAUGCGGCAUCUGCUUCCUUUCCCCUUCCGACGUCGUCUUCCUUGUCCAUCUUACCUGUCCAAGCCGUGUCAGCUUCAAAUCGUCCCCCAAUGGCGUCACGCUUGCCCACUUCCCCAGCCAGCGGCAUUGAGAGUGACGAAGGAUCACUUGAGGAUGCAGCCAAAGGUUUAGCAAUGAUCUCGUUAGAAGCGGCAGCUGAGCCUCAUUAUGUGGGCGAAUCUUCCGGCUCCUUGUGGACCACAGUGAUCUCAGGCGGGAUGCAUCCGCAACUGCAACAUCAUCAAAUCGGGGAGGCUUCCAGACGCGCUGUUGGAAAUUUUGCUCAGAGGAAGAAGUUGCAUAAUUCAGAUAUUCCGCAUGUUGGUGAACAUCUAGGUGUCCUCAAUAUACGGCAAGCUAUCCAGCAACCCCUACCCUCAGAUAUCGCUAUUCAAGUUGCGGAAACAGUCUUCAGGCAUUUGCAUCCUCGCUAUCCCUUCAUGGACUGGGUCAAAUUUGAGAAGCAGUGGGAACAACGGGAUGCGAUAUUGGUGGCAGUCGGACAAGGGUUACCCUUAGAUAGAGAGAGGUCCACGGGGGCUUUCUUCAUCCUCAUGGUACUGGCCAUCGCGGCUCAGCUUACCAAAGAACGUCCUAUGGCGGGUCUGUUGAGAGCUGAAGAUUACUAUAACCUGGCUUCGCCGUAUCUCAGCACCAUCGUGACACUUCACAACCUGGCCAACAUACAAGGUUUGCUUCUGUUAGCUGUCUAUUCGUUACGAGAUAGUAAAGGCCCCUCAGUCUGGUAUCUUUCAGGAGUGACACUUAGAUUGUGUGUCGGUAUGGGACUGCAUCGUAAUGCUGCAGGGUGGGCAGUUCGGACACUAUCGAAGUAUGAGAUCGAAAUGCGUAAACGGGUUUUCUGGUCUUGCUACAUACUGGAUCGCAUGAUAUCUCUCUUGCUUGGGCGUCCGCCUGGUAUAUCAGAUGACGAUGUAGAUGUCGACUUACCCGAGAUAUACGACCCUGUCGAGAAGCCUCAGCUACCAUCCAUGCGACUCAGCUCCAUGGCAUCUGCCAUUCACCAUAUCAAGCUGAAAUGUAUUGAGAGCCGUAUACAGCGAUCGGUAUAUGGCAUUAAGCGUCAAAAUCAACCCCAGGCCAUUGACUACUGGGAGCUCCUGAAUGAUCUGGACGAGUGGGAAACCACAAUACCGGUGGAAGCUUCUUCUCCCAAUUAUUGGAUGGCUCCCUCCAAUUCAAGGGAUUGGUUCCUUCUCAAAGGUGUUGAGGCCAGAUUGCAUUUGCUUAGACCGCUAUGUGCCGAAGGUCAGUCGGCGGGUGCUGUCUUUGUUUCGCACCUAGCGACUCAUGCUGCAAGAGGAUGCGAAAUACAAAAACGGAUGCACCAGCAGGGACAACCAAUGUCCAAUGCAUCUGCUCAUUCGGCAUUCAUAUGCGGACUAGCAUUACUGUACGCAAUCUUCCUUCAACCAAAAGUCAUGCCACUGAAAGAUAUCUUUCGAGCCAUCAAAGCUACAUCCAAUACUCUAUUCGCGUAUACGCAACACUCUCAUCAUUCUGCGGAAGUGCUGUAUGACGUUUUCGAGGAUCUGUCCACCGCAUGUAUUGAGCAUGUCGGGAGAAGUGAUAUGAUGGAUCCCGCUAACAGCAGUACGGAUAGGAGGGCGUCGGUCGAUGACUGGCAGAAGGCUUCUUCUGAGGCGACCAGUAAUUUAGACCCGGCUACUGCUGGAGAGUAUGUUAAUAUACUGCAAACACUGGGUAUAUCAGUCGGUCAAGCUCCUUCUGAACAAAUACCUUAUACCGAGCCUUUGUGGGAGCUUGCGGCAUUUUCACCUGGAAACUUUUUCACUUCGGACAACAUAUCAGGAAGUAUGGGUAUUUAA